UAAAAGGCUGCCCCCGCCGGCGACCGGCAGAGCGCCCGGAACACCCCGAGCAUGGCCAUCACCACCGUCUUGCUGGCCGCGCUGGCCCUCGCCGCGCCGGCCCUCGCCGACAAGAAGGCCGAGAAGCUCGUCUUCGCCGACGAGUUCGACACCCUGGACGAGGGCAAGUGGGUCCACCAGAUCAGCGCGUGGCGCGGCGGCAACCAGGAGUUCCAGUUCUACCGUAACGACCGCAAGAACAGCUACGUCCGAGAUGGCAUCCUGUACAUCCGGCCCACUCUGACCGCGGACGAGUUCGGCGAGGACCUGGUGCAGCACGGCAACCUGACGUACCCCGGCUGCAACAUGGAGCCCUGUGUCUCCCAAUCUGGAGAAGAAAUAGUGCUUCCGAUCCAGUCGGCGCGCCUGUCCACCUCGGGCAAGUUCAGCUUCAAGUACGGACGAUGCGACAUUCGCGCCCGCCUGCCGCGCGGCGACUGGAUUUGGCCGGCCAUGUGGCUGAUGCCGCAGAAGGACAAGUACGGCGGCUGGCCGCGCAGUGGCGAGAUCGACCUCAUGGAAAGCAGGGGCAACGCCAACCUCAAGGACAGCAAGGGCCGCUACCGGGGCUUCCAGACCACCAGCUCCACGCUGCACUUCGGGCCCGCCUGGAACAGGAACCGCUACGACAAGGCGCACGUCGACAACUUCAUGGGGGACAACGAGACGCUGGCCAACGACUUCCACGUGUACUCGCUGGAGUGGAGCGAGAAGGGCUUCCGCUUCCUGCUGGACGGCAAGCAGUACGGCGAGGUGCCCCGCCCCAAGGGAGGCUUCUGGAAGCUGGGCGAGUUCGAGGGCGACAACAUCUGGAAGGACGGCAACGACAUGGCGCCCUUCGACCAGGAGUUCUACAUCAUCCUGAACGUGGCCGUCGGCGGCACCUUCUUCAGCGACGACCUCCAGAACUCGCCGUACCCGCGGCCCUACACGCUGAGCUCCGGCCGGGGCAUGCGCCAGUUCUGGGAGAAGAAGGACCUGUGGUACCCGACCUGGCACGGCGAGAAGGCCGCGCUGCAGGUGGACUACGUGCGCGUCUACGAGCACUGAUGCCAGUGUGCCAGUGUGUCUCCGGCGGGGAAGCCCCGGUCUUGGCUUUGGCCGCGCUCCAGCAGACGAUCGCCGACGUAGCCAUCAAAAACACACCCGACGAGGCACUUUAUCUAAAAACUUAAAAAAAGAAAAAUCGAAUAAAAAUUAUUAAAACUUGCACAA